CCGUUGGUUUUCGAUGCUUUGCUUGAUUUAUUUAUUUAUUUUUGUGAAUUUUUGAUGAGCAAUUUUUAGAAAGAUGGUGACUGACUCCAUAUCUCUCAUCCGGAAUCAAAAUCCAAAACCUUCGGGUUAUAUGUACGCAGCUUAUCCUUUUCUUAUUGUUGAUCCCUCCCUUUGAGGAUAAUGAUUUAUUGCUUGGAAAAUUGCUUGUAGGAUGAGAAUUUGUGGAGAAUUUUGGGGAAUGUUCGAUGUUGGAUUAUUGUUUUCAAUACAGAGAUUCUUCUUUGUAAUUUAAAAGACAAAGCUUUAGCUGCUGUGCAAAAAAGAGAAAGAAAAUGCUCUUAUAGUCCACUGAGAAUACAAAAAUCCUUUAGAUCUUCCUUUUGGAUAACUCUCAGUUUAGUGUAGAAAAUCAAGUACUUCUUGUAUUAUGCCAAAGUCGUGACUUUACAUAAAGUAUGACAAACUUGAGUUUACAGCUCAAAAAACAUGGUUGAUGUGAUUUUCUGUUUGUAAUUGCUUAUUAUUUUGGCUUCUCUGUUUUACAUGUUCAAGCAGACGAGAGAUUGGUAGUUAGAUUGUGUACUUUGAGAACGCAUAUGAUUUUGCUGCCCGGAGGUUCUCCACCUUUAAUCAGAAAAUUGAUCAUUUACAUGCUUAUGAUUGAUUUCCAUCAUGCUGAUGUUCAAGUAUUGGCCCUUUGUUCCUCGAGUUGAUGAUUAUGUUGCUCAGUUUUUAGACAAUCGACAAUAUCUGGAUGGCCCAUCUGACUGUUUGGAAACCUAUCUUUCACAUGGAAACCAGAAAGAUGCCAAAAACAAAUAUUUGGAGCAAAAUAGUGAUAGAAUGCAUUCCUUCUAUAAGAAAAGAAAAUAAAUCCCCCCCGCCCCCCAAAAAAAAAAAAAAAAAACCUCAGUUUCUUCCCCAUUAUAUGGGAAGUGAGCAGGUGAUAGGUGCCGAUGGGUGUCCUUUUGUUGCUCGAUUGUGACAUUAGCUUCUUCAUGUGAUAAAAGAUGGAGCACACAAAGGUUAUUCUUAACAAUGCAUGAGACGAAAAAGUCGUUCUAUCUCCCCACGACGCCGUAAAAGUCGAUCACCAUCUCCAAGACAUCGUAAAAGCCGUUCUCCAACACCGAGGCGAUACAAGAGACAAAAAAGUAGUGCUACAUCACUGUCUCCUAUGCAUAAAUCUUCUAGUCCAAGUCUUGGGUCAGUAGAUCACAAAAUUGCUAGCGAAAAAGUGAGAAAAGAAGAAGAAGAGAAGAAAAGGCGUCAACAGGAAGCUGAACUGAAACUUAUCGAAGAAGAAACUACAAGGAGAGUGGAAGAGGCAAUUCGGAAGAAAGUUGAAGAGAGCUUGAACUCUGAGGAGAUCAAGCUGGAAAUACAGAGGCGCCUGGAGGAGGGUCGGAAGAGGCUCCUGGAUGAGGUUGCAAUUCAACUGGAGAAAGAGAAGGAAGCUGCUCUUAUUGAGGCUAGACAGAAAGAGGAACAAGCUCGAAGGGAGAAAGAGGAGCUGGAAAAGAUGCUUGAAGAGAACCGGAGAAGGGUGGAAGAAUCCCAGAAAAGGGAAGCCUUAGAGCAGCAGCGGAGAGAGGAGGAAAGAUACCGGGAGUUGGAACAAAUCCAAAGACAAAAGGAGGAGGCUCUGCGAAGAAAGAAACAGGAAGAGGAGGAAGAACGGGCAAACCAGAUGAAACUGUUGGGUAAGAACAAAUCCAGACCGAAGCUGUCGUUUGCAUUAGGUUCAAAAUGAUUUGUUCACACACAUUUAAUCCCUUAUGGGGGUUGGACUUGGAUUUCGUGCUUGUCUUGUAAUUCUAAGGAGAUAUAUUUGUUUAAAAAAAAACACAGUUUUUGGUGUGCUAAUGUCCAUAUUGAGUUGUCCAGCAUGCUUGAUAAA